AUGAAUUAUGAGCAUUCUCCUAGGGGAAGGAUUUGGAUUGGAUGGAAGCAUGCUUUGGUUUCAGUUCAGCUUCUUCACAAAACUGAAUUUUGUGUUCACUGUAAUGUUGCUACAAAGAAUGGCCUGUUUAGUACUACCUUUUUAGCUGUGUAUGGUUUACACUCUGUUGAUACUAGAAGACCUAUGUGGAGAGAGAUUACUACCUUCAGUAGUACUGUUACUUGUCCUUGGCUAGUCAUGGGGGAUUUCAAUGCAGUUUUAUUAGCUGCUGAUAGGGUAAAUGGCAAUGCAGUUACUGAAGGAGAAACUAAAGACUUUGAUAGUUGUAUGGAUGCUGUAGGGUUGGCUGAGCUUAAAAAUUGUGGGAGUUACUACUCUUGGAGCAAUAAGGGACAAGGUAAUUUGAGAAUUUGCUCCAGAAUAGAUAGAGCUAUUGCUAAUGCAUUGUGGCAUUCUAAGUUUGUUGAUGCUGUGGUGGAUUACUUGCCUCCAGGAAUAUCUGAUCACUCCCCUCUAGUUAUGUCUUGUAAUAUUCACCUGGGAGGAGGGAGUAGACCCUUUAAAUUUUUUAACUAUAUGGAAGAUCAUGCUCAUUUUCUUGAUGUGGUUAAAAAGGGAUGGGAUGUGUCUUGUCCAAGGAGUGGUUCCAUGUUGAAGGUAUGGACUAAGCUUAAAGCAGGAAAGCAAGGAUUGAAGGAGUUUCAUCACAAAGAUUUUGCUAAGCUUGAUGAGAGAAUUGAGGGUAAUGUGCAACAAAGUGAGAGGGAGUGUAGUGAGACUCUUAAGAAGUUCUUGCAUAUUCAGGAAAGUGCAUAUAGACAGAAAGCAAGAAUUCAGUGGCUGCAAAAGCUAAGCACUACUCAGGAAAUUCAGGAGGAAGUUAGCUCCUUCUAUAAGCAGUUGAUUGGUACUGCAGCUAGCUCCUUGAUGGGUGUGGAUGUUGGGGUGGUUAGGAAAGGGAAACAGCUUUCUGCUGCUGAUGCAGAAAUGUUGGUGGUUCCUAUCUCAGAUGCAGAAAUUGAUGCAGCUAUCAAAGGUAUUGAUAAUAAUAAAGCUCCUGGGCUUGAUGGUUUCAAUAGUUUGUUCUUUCUUCAAGCUUGGGAGAUUGUGAAAGCAGAUGUUUAUGAAGCAGUGAGAGAGUUUUUCAGAACUGGAGUGAUGUUAAAGCAAGUGAACAACACUUCAGUUACUCUUGUGCCUAAGAUACAGAAUGCUUCAUGUGUGAAGGAUUUUAGGCCAGUUCAUUUGUUUACAAAAUUAUUUCCAAAAUACUUACUGCUAGAAUGCAAGGUGUUAUUGGAACAGUUGUAA